AUGGUCACCUCCAACGCCCUCCUCGUGCGAGAUAACUGGUUCACGGAGAGCCCGGCUGUCCAGGGAAGGGGGCCACCCAGAAGGCGGGAGUCCCGCUCCGGGACACGAAAGGUCUCCUCACUCUCUGCCGAGCAGUUGGAGCGAAAGCGGGCCAAUGAUCGAGAGGCCCAGCGAUCUAUCCGCCAGCGAACGAAGGAGCAUAUCGAGCAGCUCGAGCAACAGGUCGCCCGGCUUCAGAUCCAGGUGAACGAAAUGCGGCCACGGAACGAACAGUUCGAUGACCUUGUUCGACAAAAUGCCGCUCUUCAAGAGGAAAUUGCCCGGUUGAAGCAUCAACUAGCCGGUUAUACAGGUCGACAGGGUUUCGCGGACAGUGGAUGGAAUAUGGGUGAAGGGCCAAGUACCGCGGCGUCCGGUAUACCAACGACGGGCACGAUGCUCUCGUCACACUUCUCUGCGCCGACUCAUCCCUCGGCAAGUUUCCCUCGAGCACCAUCGACAUUGUCAGUCUCGAGCCGAUCAUCCCACCCCCAUGAAUGGCAGCCGUCAUACUCGAGCACACGAUCGUCAUCGCUGGGCGAGUCGUCGGACCCAGAAUUCUCGGCUCGCAUGGAGCCAUACGUGAUGGAGGGACAGUUGCAGGCAUCUUCACGCAUGGCGGCGCCCUCUCUUGCCAUCGCAAACUCCCAGAUCAGCUUUGGAAGCGUUACCAGCCCGACUCAAUCAGGCUCGGAGUCUUCUUUUUCUCAGAUGUAUCCUGUAGGACAGCAUCCACAGCCGGGGCAGCGAGGAGACGGGUUGCAGCCCGUCCCCCACUCGUCGAUGAAUCAACCUGCCGCCGGAUACCUUCCUGGCCAUCGAUCAAUGUCCCUGUCCAUGCCUAGCGUCAGUGCUCCCACUCAAUCAGCUCCAGGUCAGCCGUAUCAGUCGCCGAAUGCUCCAUACCAGGGCCAUCCCGGCCAGCCUCCACAGAGAGAUCCGUCAUACCCAUAUCCAUGGAACCCGCAGUCAUGA